AGAGACUUUGGGGGCAGCAGGUUCAGCAAGGGUGGCUUGGUCAUCUGGUUUCUGUUUGUUUGAAUUCCCAUCUCCUCCAAGCUGGAGAGAGAGAGCGAGAGAGAGCCAGGCAGCAGGAUGGAGUGUCCUUUGAGUGGAGGCCAAGAGGAACAGGUGGCCCCAGAGGCAGAGUGCAUCAGGCUCAUAGCUGCCUGAGUCCUGGGGUAAAAGAUACCUCUUGCUCCCUCCACUUAAUCCAGCUCCGUUACACCGAGUAUAGAAGUGGGACAGCUCUCGUCCUACUUUUAAUACACCGCCGGCAGCCCUCCGCAACAGGGACGGAGCUGAGCUGAAGGCAAAGGAGGAGACGCUGGCUUUGGAAGUCUUUGCUGGACACACAACUCUGCCAAGGAAGCCCAUCAAGAAGGUCAGACGAUGGAGAAGGAUGGCGAUGCUUGCAGUGCUCAUGAUAGUAGAGAAGGAGGAGGAGGAGGAGGAGGAGAACCCACAGCCCCGGCAGUGGAUCCAACGGAGCUGAAAGAAGAGGUAAAAACAAAUCCCGAAGAACCCAGCCAAACUGAGACAGGAGGAGGUGAGGGCCCAGAUGAAGCAAAGGCAGCGGAGGAGAACCAAAGCCAUACCGAAGGCAGCCAACAGAAGCCCCUCCACCUUCAGCAAAGCUUCAGUUGCCCACCUACCAUUCAGAGCUUAGGAGAUAUUCCCGAGGAGGUUUUGGAUGCUCAAGGAGAGCAGAAGCCAGAAGAGUUGAUUGUUUCUAGCCAUGAAGGAGGAGGAGGAGGAGGAGAGCCAGUAACCGGAGAAUCCAAGGAUGUGGAGGCCCCUGCUUUGCCACAGGAGCCGGCCGGCGAGCAACUGAGCCCAGCUGAGAAAGAAGCAGAAAGGACCUUGGCUGAGCCACCCAGCAUGGCCCCAGAGAGUACAAGUGCUGAAACGUCAGCUACAAUCCCUACAGAGGAGCCCCAUCCAGUUGAACAGCUACCUUCAGAAAACAAGGCGGACGUGGCCACUCCUGCAGAAGUCGGAGCUCCUCCUGUGCCAGAGUCUCCAACUGGACCUUUCCUCACUCCGGACUUUGGCAAAGAGGACCCAGCCACAAUCUUGGAUGACACUCCUCCGCCGCCUGCACCUUUCACUCACCGCAUCGUCAAACUGAGAACGGGAGAAUUCAAAGAUACCUACAGCAUCAACACCAAGGAGAUGCUAGGAGGGGGGAAGUUUGGGGAGGUCCGUGUGUGCACAGUAAAGGAGACAGGACUGAAGCUUGCUGUGAAAACCAUUAAGACGCAGGGUCCAAAAGACAAGGAGAUGGUUGAGUUGGAAAUCGAUGUGAUGAACCAGCUGAACCACCGGAAUCUGAUUCAACUGUAUGAUGCCAUUGAGAUGCCAAAGACGAUCAUGCUCUUCAUGGAGUUCGUGGAAGGUGGGGAGCUCUUUGAGAGGAUCAUUGAUGAGGAUUACCCUCUGACCGAGGUGGACUGCAUGGUCUUCGUGCGGCAGAUCUGUGACGGCAUCCUCUUCAUGCACCAGAUGAGGGUGCUACACCUGGACCUCAAGCCAGAGAAUAUUCUGUGUGUAAGUGCCACAGGCCAUAUGGUAAAGAUCAUCGAUUUCGGACUUGCCCGAAGGUACAACCCCAGAGAGAAGCUGAAGGUCAACUUUGGCACCCCAGAAUUCCUGUCACCCGAGGUGGUCAGCUAUGAGCAAGUCUCCUACACCACCGACAUGUGGAGCAUGGGAGUGAUUACCUACAUGCUGCUGAGUGGACUCUCUCCGUUCUUGGGAGACAACGAUACGGAAACUCUCAACAACGUCCUGGCCGCCAACUGGUAUUUCGAUGAGGAAGCCUUUGAGGGCAUCUCCGAGGAAGCAAAAGACUUUGUCUCCAACUUGAUUAUCAAGGACAAAAGCGGACGUAUGAACGCAGCGCAGUGCCUCCAGCACCCUUGGCUGAACAACUUGGCAGAAAAGGCUGGGCGGGUCAACCGGCGCCUCAAAUCCCAGGUCCUGCUUCGGAAAUAUGUGAUGCGGAGGCGCUGGAAGAAAAACUUCAUUGGCGUCUGUGCUGCUAACAGGUUCAAGAAGAUCACCAGCUCAGGGUCCCUGACGGCACUUGGGGUCUGAGUGUGAAUUGCGUCCACGCAUGCGUGCUGCAGGGGGCCUGGAAGGUCAGAGUGGAAUUGAAAGCAACCUGUGAACCACAAGGAAAACAUCUCCAGUGGGAAUCGUGGACUGUGAUUGUCUGUAAUGCCUCUUGCCUGGGCAUUGCUCAGCCAAGAAAAACAGGACCCGCUCUGGAUGAGAGGAUGGUCGCUGCUGAUUCCCAGGUUGCUGACGGGAGCUGGCUUCAAACUUUGGAGGGAUGUCACAGUUGCCCCACUGGUCAUCUAGCAGACCCCAUGUCCCUCCGCAGCUCCCAAUAGGAAACAGCUUCCUCCUUAUCUGCUGACUUGAGCCUCGCUCUGCUCUUUGGAUAUUCCGCUGCUGUGCACCUCCCUCAUUGAGACCUAGUGCUCUCUCAGAGCCUGCUUUUGUGGACGCUCCUACACUGCCGUCACUUACCUCACUGAGCACAGGUCGGAAAGUUUGCUGCUUCAGAAACCACUGGAGAUGCCUGAAUCCCCUCUCCCUAUGCCUUGAUUUUUUUCACCAGUAUAAAAUGAACUGGUUUGUAACACUUC